CGCGAAAAUCAUGAUUUUGUUAAUAGCGGUUUUAAUACCUCUGAUAAUAUACGUUUAUAUAAAAAAGAGACAGAGGUACCAAGAUAUUUGGCAGUAUGUUGAUGCUAUCCCUGGACCUAAAAGUUAUCCAAUUCUUGGAACCACUUAUGAAUUACACACACAAGCUUCAUUAUUUAUGAGAGAUCGAAUCAGAGCAAAGGAAUUUUUUCCCAUUUACAAAGAGUGGUCCUUAGGAGUCGCCGUUGUUAACAUUAUACAUCCUGACGAUAUCGAGUUAGUGACCACUAAUCCAAAAAGUAUAACUAAAAGUUUUAUUUACCAUUUUCUGCAUCCAUGGCUGGGUAAUGGUAUUCUAACAAGUACAGGAAGUGCAUGGCACAAGAGGAGGAAGAUACUUACUCCCGCAUUCCACAUGGAUAUUCUUCAUCAAUUUGUGGAAGUAUUCAACAAAGAAACUACUUUUUUAGUUGAAAGAUUAAAGAAAGUAUGUGAUGCACCUUACCUAAAUCUUGCGGAGCACAUAACAGAUUUUACAUUAUUUUCAGUUGCAGAAACAUCGCUUGGUAUUUCUUUACGAGAAGAUACAAGUUGCACCAAAUACAAAAAGGCCCUUUAUGACUACGGUGCUGAUUUUGCCCAUUGGUUAAUCCGUCCCUGGCUGUACUCUCCCACUAUCUACCAGUAUAGUUCACUAUGCGAGAAAAAUACUAAAUCAAUUGAAGUAAUGCAUAGUUUUUCUAAAAAUGUUAUUACUGAAAGAAAGAAAACCUUCAAAUUGGAAGAUGCGCCGACUUAUUCGAAGAAAAAAUAUAGAGCAUUACUGGAUGUGUUGUUAAGUUCACAACAAAAUGGAAACCCGAUUACUGUGGAGGAGAUCAGGGAAGAAUUAGAUACUUUUAUAUUUGAGGGUCAUGACACUACUUCCGUUUCAAUUAUGUAUACAUUGAUGGCAUUAGCUAAUGAACCUAAAAUACAGGAAGAAAUUUACGACGAAGUAAUAUCAGUAAUAGGUGACUCAGUAACUCCCACACUUCAAGAAUUAGGAGAAUUAAAACUAAUGGAGAGGAGUAUUAAGGAAAGUUUGCGUUUAUAUCCAAGCGUUGGCCUUAUAGGUAGAGUAGCUGGAGAGAAUUUACAGACCAAAACAGGAUAUACCAUUCCAAAAGAUUGUAAUGUGCAUCUUUUUAUAUUCGAUUUGCACAGACGACCGGAAUUUUGGGAAGAUCCCUUGAAAUUUGAUCCUGAUAGAUUUCUGCCGGAAAAUUGCACUAACAGACAUCCAUUUGCGUAUAUACCUUUUAGUGCCGGGCACCGCAAUUGUAUAGGGCAAAAAUUUGCUAUGCUGGAAAUGAAGAGUGUCCUAUGCGGAAUACUUCGCAAUUUCAAAUUGGAACCCAUAACCAAACCUCAAGAUAUUGUUUUUAAAACAGAUUUAGUGCUUAGAACAGAAGAUGAAAUACGAGUGAAGUUUGUACCUAGAAAAUAACUUAAAAUUGUUAGUUUUCUUAUUUUUUUUUAUUAUAGUGUACCAUUUUUAAAGUUUAUGGUUUUAUUUCAAUAAAAAAAAUAUACU